GUAAAUAAAUAGAGGUUAAAAAUUUAAAUGAGUGGUGGAGUUACAAUGUUUUGAAUUCAAAAUUAAACAGGAAACAUUUUUUCAAAUUAUAAAACCAAACAUCAGUAAAAUGCCUCGACCUAGGAGAUCUGUUAAAAAAGCACCAAUAAUUGAAAGCGAUAGUAGUAGUGAGGAAGAUGUUCCGAUUAAAAAGCAAAAAUUAUUUCAAGUCGAAGAAAAUAAAACAAAUGAAGGAAUAGAAAAAGGCGCCGAAACAGUUAAGGAUGAGUCUUCAUCAAGCGAAAGCGAUAUCGAAAAUUAUCUUCAGCCUAUUAAUAAAUUAGAUUUUUCAUCAUCAUUUUUCAACCUUAAAAAGGAUAAUGAUGAAGAAUUUGGUAAAAUCGAAAAAAAUAUAUUUGAUAGUGUAAAAGUAUCGACUUUAUCAGAUUCGGAAUCAGACUUAGAGGAAACGAAAUCUUUAAUCGGCACUGAAAAUCAAGAAAGUAAAACUAAAGUAGAAAAAAGUGCCGAGGAAUCUUCAAAAUUGAAUUUUCAACAAUUAGAAGCAUUCACCAAAACGAUUGAGGAAGCAAAGUUGCAAGUAGAAAAAUACAAUGCGAAAAAGAAAAUCAAAGAACAAAAUUUAGAUGUUUCAAAUAUCCUCGCCGAGGGAGAAUCUAAAAAAUUGACUCUUGAAAACAUUCGUGCUGAAGAUUUACAUUCGAGUGAUUUUCAAACUACAGAUGAUGAAGAUUGGGAAGAAGUCAAAAUAAAAGAACAGGAAGAGAAACCCAUAGUGCCUAAAAGAGAUAUCGAAAUAAGAAUAGGCGAAAUGCCAGAUCACUGCAAAAAGAAAAAAGGUGUCGAUCUAUUAGCAGCUAUGAAAAGAAGGCUAAACAGAAUUAGAAAAGAAAAUCAAAUUUACGUACAUAAAGUCCAUCUACUAUGUUGGAUAGCACAUGGAAAUUUCGUGAAUUCUGUAAUAAACAAAUCUGAAAUUCUAGGAUCCGCUUUAACAUUAUUACCAUCAGAUAAGUGUUAUCCUUCAGAUAGAAUCGAUUUAAGUUAUUUAGAACAGAUUGUACAAUGGUAUAAAAAAACUAUGACGUUAACCGAAAAAGCUCCUCUUCAACAACUCACUUUAAUAAACGCUCUAAGAUUGCAAAUUAAAAGAAAAGAAGUAUACGAUAAGAAAAUGCUCGUAUUGAUUUUUAUAGCGAUCUUAAGAUCAUUGGGAAUCCAAUGUAGAAUGGUUUUGUCUUUUCAAGUUGAACCGUUGCGUCCUCCGGCCAAUGAACUACAUUCUCUAUCUACAAAAGAUACGAAUAAAAAAGUAACGGGUAGUAAAUCUGGAAAAUCGACGAGCCAAAACAAAUCAUUAGAAGAUAUAAAGCCUAAUACGAGUCUACAAGAAAGUGUUAAAACUGAUAAACCGCAACGAUUGAAAGUUGUAUUGAAAAGAAGUUGUGAUAAGAAAACUUCCGAAGUUCAGGAAAGAAAUAGAAGAAGUGAUGGAAAUUCUUUAUCAACGAAGGAUGAAAAAAAUAAAACAGUCGAUGGAGAAAAAGCUGCACAAGAAGGUGAUAAAAUGAAUACAAGAAAGGAAAAUAAGAAGAAUAAGUUAAAUGAAGAAAAAGUUCAAAAUAAGAAAUUGAAAAGGGAAGAGGAUAAGAAAGUUGGGAGGAAAACUACAACUGACGAUGUAAAAAAACAAAUAGCUGACGGGGAAGGUGAUAAAAUGAGUACAAGAAAGGAAAAUAAGAAGAAUAUGUUAACUGAAGAAAAAGUUCAAAAUAAGAAAUUGAAAAGGGAAGAGGAUAAGAAAGUUGAGGUUAAAAGUAUAACUGAUGGAGAAGGUGAUAAAAUGAGUAAGAGAAAAGUGAAUAAGAAGAAUAAAUUAUCUGAAGGGAAUGUUCAAAAUAGAAAAUUGAAAAGCAAAGAGGAUAAGAAAGUUGCGAUAAAAAGUAAAACGGAAGAUAAAAAAAAGGAAGAUGUGAGAACUACCCGAUCUAAAUCAGCCAAAAUUUCCGAAACUACAACAAAUGAAAAAUUGAAAAAAGAAAUUCCCCAGUUAGACGGAGCUAACGAUGACGUAGACAAAAAACCGAAUUUGAAAAAACUCAAAAACAAAAUACCCGAAAAAGUUUGUCCUAAAAAAUCACACUCGAAACAAUCAAAGCCAGUAACGAAAAACGACGAUUCCGAAAGCGAAUUUUCCAACAGUCCGACGAAAAAAUCUCCAGAAAAGAAACUCAAUUUUUCGAAAUUGAAACAAUUAGACGUAAAAAGCGACAUUGUAAAUUUAAUAAAAGGCAGAAUCGCCGAACAAAAACACACCGAUCGCAGUAGAAUGGUGAAAAAAAGAAAAUCAAAAAUUACGGACAGCGAUUCCGACAGCGAUUAUAUGCCGGAACCGAUAAAAAAGAAACACCACGACAGCGAUAGUGAUAUCGAAUAUUUCAUUCCGAAACCGAAAGUGAAAAAAAGGGUGAGCGUAAAAAGGGUAGCGCCCGGUCAUCCUAUUCUAUCGAACAGCGACGACGAAACCGCCAAAAAGAAAAAAAAAGGAAACAACGUUUGGAUCGAAGUAUUUUUGGAAAGCGAAGAAAAAUGGAUCACGGUAGAUGUCGUACGCGGACAAGUCCAUUGCGUCAACGAGUUAUACAUGAGAGCAACGCAUCCGAUAAGUUACGUGGUAGCUUGGAACAAUGAUAACACUAUCAAAGACGUCACUAAACGUUAUUGUACUAAUUAUAAUACGGUUACCCGUAAAUUGAGAAUAAACGAAAAAUGGUGGGAGGAAUCGAUAAGACCGUUUUUGGAAAAAAGUACUCCUCGUAGUAGAGAGGAAGAUAACGAUCUGAGUAGGCAACAAUUAGAUCAACCGUUACCGAAAGUAAUAUCUGAAUAUAAGAAUCACCCUCUAUACGCACUUCGUCGUCAUUUACUCAAAUUCGAAGAAAUUUAUCCGCCCGAUACGAUUCCGCUAGGUUAUGUAAGAAGCGAACCGGUUUAUCCUCGAAAUUGCGUUUACGUUUGCAAAUCGAGAGAAAUAUGGUUGAAGGAAGCGAAAGUCGUCAAACCCGGAGAAAAACCCUACAAGGUGGUUAAGGCCAGACCGAAAUACGAUAGGUUGUCGAAUACAAUGAUAACGGAUCAAUUAUUAGAGAUAUUCGGCGAAUGGCAGACAAAGGAUUACGAACCUCCCACAGCCGAAAAUGGAAUUGUUCCAAGAAAUGCUUUCGGUAACGUAGAAUUAUUCAAACCCUGUAUGUUACCGAAGAAAACCGUUCAUCUAAAACUACCAGGAUUGAAUAAAAUAUGUAAGAGAAUGAACAUUGAUUGUGCUACCGCUAUAGUAGGAUUCGAUUUCCACGGGGGUUGGAGUCACCCUGUGUACGAUGGAUUUGUAGUAUGUGAAGAAUACGCUGAUACUUUGGUCGCAGCUUGGGAUAUGGAACAACAAGAAAUCGAGAAAAAAGAAAACGAAAAAAUAGAAAAACGGGUGUAUACAAAUUGGAAGAAACUCAUUAAAGGUCUACUUAUAAGGGAGAGAUUGAAAGCUAGGUAUGAUUUCGGAGGGGAAACUUCAGGUAAAGGGAAACAAAAAUCUAAGAGUAAGAAAGGAUCGAAACCCGUUUUAAAAAAAGGAAAAAUAAUUUCUGAUUCCGAUAGUGAUUCAGAUUAAAUAUCUACUUUGAUAUAAAAAAUGAUAGGUUUAGGUAUUAACACUUUUUUUUAACAAUUUUUUUACUUUGUUAAUUAUUAUCUAUUUGUUAGAAGUUUGAAUGAUCUACUUAUACGAAUCUCAGGGAGUUUUCGAUACUAUUGAUUAUUUUUUUUUAUAAUUAUUCGUUGUUUGUAUUAUUCAGUAUUGUUUGUUUUUGUAUAUUAUACAAUUUUUUUAUAUUUGAAAAAAAACAAUAAAACCGUUUUCAAUAAAUCA